AUGUCAUUUAAGGCUGGAGAUCUAACGAUUCGGGGGGCGGCGAAUCCCCCGCCACCGCCCUCACUCAAGGGCGUGAAGUUCGGCACCCUCUUCACUCCACACAUGGUGAUGAUCGACUCGGUUUCGGAAACCCAAUGGGGUGCACCGGGCAUUGUGCCAUUUCAGAACCUAUCUAUCCCGCCACAGACAGCCUGCCUUCACUAUGGCCUCCAGUGCUUCGAGGGUCUCAAGGCGUACAGGGAUGCGGCCGGUAGAAUACGGCUCUUUCGCCCAGAGCGCAACUGUGAGCGUCUGCUUCGGAGCAUGCAGCGCCUCUGCUUUCCCAGCUUUGAUCCGAAAGAACUGCUAAAGGUGAUCAUGGAGUUCGUCAAGGUGGAGAAGGAUUACAUACCCACAGAACGUGGUUACUCGCUAUACCUUCGGCCGGCUGCCAUCGGCUUCGGCAACACUCUGUCUGCGGCACCGUCUCCACAGGUGAAGCUCUUUGUGAUCGCCUCACCUGUCGGACCGUAUUACGCCUCCGGUAUGAAGCCCGUGAAGUUGCUGGUGGAGGAGAAGCGGAAGCGUGCGUGGCCCGGUGGAACGGGCGAUGUCAAACUCGGCGCCAACUAUGCUGGUCCUAUGCUGGCGCAGAAGGAGGCCGAGGCGCGUGGGUACCAACAGGUGCUUUGGCUGGGGCCUGAUGGUGAAGUGGAAGAGGUUGGUGCAAUGAACUUCAUGUGCCUGUGGCAGCCGUCAAGCGCAAAGCCCGACCUGGAGCUCAUCACCGCCCCGCUUGACGGCUCCGUUCUUCCAGGCGUUACGCGCGACUCCAUCCUGGCAUUGGCGCGGCAGUGGGGUGAGGUGAAGGUAUCGGAGCGAAAAUUCACCAUUGAAGAACUCGUCGAUGCUCUGAAGGAGAAUCGUGUGAUGGAGUGCUUCGGCUGCGGAACCGCGGCGAUUGUCUCCCCUGUUGAGGCCUUACGAUUCAGGGAUAAGGAGUACAAUGUGCCGUGCCCAGAACCUAAGAAAUCUCACACUCAUCGCAUGCUUAAUGCCAUCAUGGACAUCCAGUACGGUGUGGUGGAGCACGAAUGGUCGCAUAUUGUUCAGGUGUAA